UUCAUAACGUGGGGAGGAAGAGAGGAAUGGGGCUUUGAGCACCAGAGCCGGUCCAGUCUAUGCAGCAGUGUUUUCUGUGUUCCCGGGCCAUGCACGCGGUGCUGUAGAGGAGAUGCGGUAGUGGAGGCUGCUGAUGCUGCUGUCCGAUCAGCUGUUUUUUGCGUCUUGAGCAUCAUCGCCGUGACGGCUACAGAGAUCCAGAUCAAGCUCCGGAGCCAGGGACACCGCAGACCGGAUCACACAGGAUGGAGUUCAAGCAUCUGGUGGAGGCGGCGGAGAAGUGGUGUUCCGGUAACCCGUUCGACCUCAUCUUCGCCGAGGAGGACGACGAGAGGCGGCUGGACUUCUACGCGGAGCCCGGCGUCUCCUUCUACGUACUGUGUCCCGGCGGCACCGACAGCUUUCACGUGUGGAGUGAGAGUGAGGACUGCCUUCCCUUCCUUCAGCUGGCCCAGGACUACAUCUCCUCCUGUGGGAAGAAGACUCUGCUGGAGGUCCUGGAGAAGGUCUUCACGUCCUUCAGGCCUCUGCUGGGGCUUCCAGACAUAGAGGACGACAGCUUCGAGCACUACCACGCUGACAUGGAGGGAGAACCAGGGCCCGACCACCAGCAGAUGGGGGUCAGCCAGCAGUGAUAGGCCUGGGACGAGGCCUGCAGCUGGGGCAGAGCUGCUCUGGGCCUCUACUCAUACGUCCAAACACUUGACAACACACUCUUCUAAAAACACACACAUAUGAACACACACUACAUACCUACUUGCAGUCAACUUGCUAAAAAUGCACCACCAUGUUCUUGAAUGUCUCAGUGGCUUUGCUUCCCAAAGAGUGCACUCUGUUGCACUGUUUUAAUCCCCCGACAAACCAAACACACAGAAACAAACACACACACACACACACAGGGGCUACGUGAGCAGCAGCCAUGUAUGAUGCAAGUAUCCUAAUGAUUCACCAUCUGGUUAGUUCAAGUUCCACAGCACAGCAAUAGUACAUGGGCCUCAGCUGGCUUUGUUAUGCAGAAAUACAGUCAGAUGUUACCGCAAUACACACGUUUCCCCCCGUGGCUUUGGAGAUGAAUGUGACGGGUAACCUACUUUCUCUGCACGGAGGGCUAAAUGAAAGUGGUGCGGGUGAAAACUGACAGUUUGUGGCUGUGUGAAGCAGUGGGAGUGACACAGGUGAAUAAAGAGGGGAGGAAGGAGGAGGGGAAGGCGGUAUCAUUUUCCACCUCAUGGAGGGAAAGAAGGAGAGAAGUGAAAGAGGAGCCGCUCUCAGAUUAUGCCACUUUAAAAAACAGCUAAAAUACUCAUGAAAUGAAUUUUACACACCGGCGCUUUACUUUGAAAUCAGAGUGUGCAGCUUUACAGUAGCAUGGAUCAUUUUAAGAGGUGGUUCUCUCACCUCAAAGAUUUUAAAGUCACAUUAAAUCAAUGUUACUAUCAUAUGACCAUCACAACAAAGCCCCAUGCUGCAGUUUAAGCCCUGUUUUGGGUGUCUCAGUGUCACAUGACGCCCUAGUUCUUCUAUCUUGUAGUCUUCCUUUCCUGGCUGUUGGUGGUUCACAGUUCGCCCUCUUUUCUCAGCACAAUCCGAUGAGAAAACUUCCCAAAGCUAGCCAAAACCUCUUCUGCGUAUGUUAUGAUUUCAUCGCUUCUUUCGAGGUUUCUCUUAACCAUGGAUUUAAAGAGUGCACACCCAAAGCCCUGAGUGAUAUCACAGGACAGAGAGAACCUAUUUGACAGGCACCCUCUGCCUCCCCUGUAAUCUCUACUCUCACAGUGUGUUGUUGUUCGUCACAUCCAGUGCACUGCUAUGCUUUAGCCCCCACUGCUGACACCCACUGAUCCACAUGCAAGACUGUUGCAGAGGUUCCCCCUUAGCCCGGUUACUUUGGCUUGUAAAUGUUUUACUUUAUUGCCUAUUUGAAUGUUUAUCAUGCAGUGUAUCUUCUGUUUGUCCUCCGACGUGUGUGAAAUUGUUCAAUAAACGUGUGAACUGA